CGCGUCUCUAUAAAACCUCCCUUCUCGUCUCUGGUACCCUCUGAGAUUCUAUCCCCCAAUCUCAUUCCGUCCCUGAAACCAAAAUCUAGAACAAGUCGCUAAUAAUGGCUCUUACUUCUACCAGUUCAAUCAUUUCGGCAAAAUCUUCAUUCUUGUCCUCCGGAACUCACCAACCUUCUCUUCCCGGCAGACCCAGCAUCGUCGCCGUCCACGCAGCCGACCCCGCCAAGAACCCAGCUGUGUCGACGAAGCAGCAGACGGUGACGCCGGUGCCAGCGUCACCGUCAACUGCGGCGUCUAAUGGCUCCACGACAAGCCGGAAUGCGGUGCCGGCGAAAUGGAGCGUGGACUCGUGGAAAUCCAAGAAGGCGCUGCAAUUGCCGGAGUACCCGAAUAAGGAGGAUCUGGAGUCGGUGCUCCAGACGCUGGACUCCUUCCCGCCGAUUGUGUUCGCCGGCGAGGCUCGGAGCCUAGAGGAGCGUCUGGCUGAGGCCGCCAUGGGAAACGCGUUUCUUCUUCAGGGCGGGGAUUGUGCGGAGAGCUUCAAGGAGUUCAAUGCCAACAAUAUUCGUGACACUUUCAGGAUUCUGCUCCAGAUGGGCGCUGUUUUGAUGUUCGGAGGCCAAAUGCCAGUAAUUAAGGUGGGAAGGAUGGCGGGUCAGUUUGCGAAGCCGAGAUCCGACCCGUUUGAGGAGAAGGACGGUGUCAAGCUGCCGAGUUACAGAGGAGACAAUGUGAACGGAGACGCGUUUGAUUCGAAGUCAAGGACUCCGGACCCUGAGAGAUUGAUCAGAGCCUACUGUCAAUCUGCGGCGACUCUCAAUCUUCUCAGGGCUUUCGCAACUGGUGGGUAUGCGGCUAUGCAGAGGGUCACCCAGUGGAACUUGGAUUUCACAGAGCAGAGCGAACAGGGAGAUAGGUACCGGGAACUUGCUCACCGGGUUGAUGAGGCUCUUGGAUUCAUGACUGCAGCUGGACUCACAGUUGACCAUCCUAUUAUGACAACCACCGAGUUCUGGACAUCCCAUGAGUGCUUGCUCUUGCCUUAUGAGCAGUCGCUCACUAGGUUGGACUCAACUUCUGGGCUCUACUAUGAUUGCUCUGCCCAUAUGCUUUGGGUUGGUGAGCGAACCAGGCAACUGGAUGGCGCCCAUAUUGAGUUCCUUAGAGGUGUUGCUAACCCCCUUGGAAUCAAGGUGAGUGAUAAGAUGGAUCCCAAUGAGCUUGUUAAGCUUAUAGAGAUUUUGAAUCCUCAAAAUAAAGCCGGGAGGAUAACAAUAAUCACUAGAAUGGGAGCUGAGAACAUGAGAGUGAAACUUCCUCAUCUUAUAAGAGCAGUCCGUAGGGCAGGACAGAUUGUCACAUGGGUCAGCGACCCUAUGCAUGGAAACACCAUCAAGGCUCCAUGUGGUCUCAAGACACGCCCUUUUGAUGCCAUAAUGGCCGAGGUCAGAGCAUUUUUCGAUGUCCACGACCAAGAAGGAAGCCAUCCAGGAGGUGUGCAUCUUGAGAUGACAGGCCAAAAUGUGACCGAAUGCAUAGGAGGGUCACGGACUGUGACAUUUGACGACCUCAGCUCGAGAUAUCAUACGCAUUGUGACCCCAGGCUAAAUGCCUCCCAAUCUUUGGAGCUUGCUUUUAUUAUCGCCGAGCGCCUAAGGAGACGAAGGAUCAAGUCCCAACUAUCUGUUUCCUCAUUAGGUCUAUAAAAUGGUUCAAGGGUCAAGCCGUGUGUUUGUUAUAUCUUUUUUCCCUUUUUUUGUUUGUAAGGUAUUAGUAACUGUGUUAAUAUGUCACUGUUGUUUCUAUUUACCUUCUGUGUGUUGCAUACUGGAAGUGAGGUUUGAAACUUAAUGGAAAGACUGAAUCAAGAAACGUCUGUAGUACAUUUGGGGUUUUAAUAUGUGAUGUUAAUGUGAUGUCCUGCCAGAACCAGGUGCUGCAUAUCAUGAUAUAUCUAGCCCAGUGAAAUUUGU